AUGGCAUCCUCAUCAUCCAAUGUCGUCGGUGUACAUUAUCGAGUGGGCAAGAAGAUUGGAGAGGGUUCGUUUGGUGUCAUUUUCGAAGGGACAAAUCUCCUGAACAACCAACAGGUUGCCAUCAAAUUCGAACCUCGAAAGAGCGAUGCACCACAAUUACGAGACGAAUACCGAACGUACAAGAUUCUUGUCGGCUGCCCUGGUAUUCCUAAUGUCUACUACUUUGGCCAGGAAGGCCUACAUAAUAUACUCGUGAUUGACCUUUUGGGCCCAUCGCUUGAAGAUCUCUUCGAUCACUGCAACCGCAGAUUUUCUACAAAGACUGUCGUGAUGGUAGCAAAGCAGAUGCUUUCCAGAGUCCAAACAAUCCACGAGAAGAAUUUGAUCUACCGUGAUAUCAAGCCUGAUAACUUUCUCAUCGGACGACCUGGAUCAAAGUCGGCGAACGUAAUUCAUGUAGUAGAUUUUGGUAUGGCGAAGCAGUACAGGGAUCCAAAGACGAAACAGCACAUUCCAUAUCGCGAACGAAAAUCCUUGUCGGGAACUGCUCGAUACAUGAGUAUCAACACUCAUUUGGGAAGAGAACAAUCGAGAAGAGAUGAUCUCGAGGCGUUGGGUCAUGUUUUCAUGUAUUUCUUACGAGGUGGUUUGCCAUGGCAAGGAUUAAAAGCUGCCACCAACAAGCAGAAGUAUGAGAAGAUUGGGGAAAAGAAGCAGACAACCGCCAUCAAGGAUCUGUGCGAUGGUUUCCCAGAAGAGUUCAACAAAUAUUUGAGCUACGUCCGCAACCUUGGAUUUGAGGACACUCCAGAUUAUGAUUACUUGCGGGAUUUGUUUACUCAGGCUCUGAAGAACACUGGAGAGGUUGAAGAUGGAGAGUACGAUUGGAUGAAGCUUAACAAUGGAAAGGGUUGGGAGGCCAUGAAGCAACACCCAUCACAACACAUGCUACACCAAAAUGCCCCGCCAGGGGCAUCGGCGAGAGAAUUACACGGAACAACGAGAGGAGGAAAUAGCACACCAGGCCACCUCACUGCCGCCCGUUUAAACGCCGCGCAGCCCCCGCCUCCAUCCCCAAUCAAGCCGGGGAUGGGCAAACAGCGCGAUCGACCAAACGCCCCAGGCGGAUUAGUCCCAAAACGCGCCAGCGGAGCGGCGGGGGGUCUCCAAGAUGUCGCUACUCCAACAGGCUCAACCCAGGCGCAAUUCCAGAACAGUUCAAACAAUCUUCCACAGAGAAUGACGCCCCAGCCGAAUAUGACCGCCCAGACGCAGAAUGGGCGGCCACAAGAACCACAGCCAACAGGCUUCCAGAAGCUCAUGAAGGCUCUGUGCUGCGGAUGA